AUGGCUGCUCUUCCAGAUUCCAUCGAGCUGUCCGCCACUGACUCCUCGCCUUCCAUCGGUCGAACGAUCGUGUUGCGGGACCUGCGACGCCUCGACCCGUCCUCCAUCCCUGCCGAGGUUCUCCGCUCAACCGUGGACGAGCACUUGGCGCUACUUCAAGGAUCAGUGCAAGCAAUACAGGACGUCGUCGUCCACUUGCGAUACCUCCGCAACACUAAAGCCCCUAUCAACCGCCUCCCUUCAGAGGUCCUCGUCCAUGUAUUCUUCCAUUCCGUAUCCACCUCCCCCAACGAGCACGAUCUGGUGAACGCCACUCAUGUAUGCAAGUGGUGGCGUGAGGUCGCACUGGACUAUUCCUGGCUUUGGUCUACACUCUCUGUCACUACUCUCGACAAGGCGACUACUUUUCUUCAACGUGCGAAAGACAAUCUCAUCGCCAUUGUCAUUCGUGACCGUGUGGUCGUCCACUUGUUUACGCCAACGCUGCUAUGCCUCAUCCCACGGCUUCUGUGGCUCGUCGUCGAGGCUCAGGAUACAGUAUCAAUCAUUCCGAUCGUGAAGGCCCUCGCUACCUCGGCCGCUCCCUACCUGGAGACUUUCCGCGUCGUAGGAAACUACAAUCACGAUGGCGAACGUGAAGCAGCCUAUCGGUUCAACACACAAAGCAUGCUAGAACUUCGGUCAAGCGACCCGAUGUCGGUGAAUGCGGUGCCCCAGGCCCCGAAACUUCGACAUCUGUGUCUAAGCCCUGUCAUGCCCCCGUGGGGCUGUCACAUCUAUUCGAACCUCUCUGUUCUCGAGCUCGGGUGCCCACUUUCACGGCUGCAGAUAAGCGAGCUGGCGUUCCUGAGGAUCCUACGACAUUGUCCCACACUGGAGCGCCUCAACCUCGAGAUACAACUCGUCGCUCCCUUUGUCCUACCCGAGGAUCCACAACCGAUCGUCAGGCUCCCUAUGCUGUCCCAAAUCACAUUUCACGGCUUCCCGCAUGCACACGUCGCGAAGCUCCUCACUCGCCUCGUCCUCCCUGCGACCACGCGCUACGAGAUCUUUGGGAGCGCUGUGGAUGUUUUUGGGCAACAGCUCGGUCCCCUCGAGCCCUCCACUCGUCUGGCCGACUUGAAGGAUUUCCGCAUGGCCGAGGUUCUCGUAGGACACCCAGGCGCUCGCGACAUACUAUGCUAUUUCUUCCAAUCGGCGACACUCGGCCCCGCAGAUCCGCUCAUGACCCUGUACAUGCCCGACACGCUUGGACGUCACGGCACAGUGCCCGCCGUCCACCUCGGCAUUCCCGGAUCCAUCGACGUCCUCAUGCUCCGCGGCUGUGAGAAGGGGAUACUGGAGAGAUAUGUUGACCUCGACUGGAUCCCCGUCUUCCAGUCACUCGUGUACCUGCGCGUCCUCCAUCUCAUGGACAUCGGCAGUGCUCAGGCUCUCCUGUACCUGCUGAACGGCCUCGGCCCUCUUGCGGUGAACCACGACUGGGAGCGUUACGGCGACUCGCCCGGCUCCGGUUGGCCGUGUCCGGAGCUGGAAGCUCUCGAGCUUGUCGGCGUCACACUCUCGGGCAAGGUCGAGGCGAUCAUCAUCGAGUGGCUGCGUGUCCGUGCAGAUGCCGGCAUUGCCCUCAGCACGGUGACGCUCGCACGGGUGGACAGGCCAUCCGGCUCAUUCCUUCGAAACCUUCAGAAGUUGGGCGUCGCUGUCCACGUCAUGGACUCUCCCCCGGAGUGGUAUGCAGACACGAAGACCUUUACUGGUGAAUUCUAA